CCCAGCACUGAUCCAGCAGUCAGCGGUGGUUGAUAGUCUCCGCUGCAGCCUGAGCAGUACAAUUAACCCGGGAGGAGAGUGCAGAAUGAGCCGCUGUCUCCAACCACAAAUGAAGACACCCUUGCGGAUAACAUGUCUUGCCGUGUGAUUAUCCUCCAAGUAUAAGAUAUCGCAUUCCUUUCGGGCCAUUCAACGGCAUUGUCGUUUACCUGUUUUUUCCCUACACCUCCUGGUGGCUGAAUGGAAGCCGAGGGAGCGGUCGGGCUGUCGGAGGCCAGGGACGGGAGUCCUCUAUCCGGGGCCACAGCAUCCGAUGAUGCUGAUACGGUCGUUGGGGUUAGCUAUGGAAUGGACGCCUCAGACAUGGAUGCUGCAGCAAGGAAAGCCUACAUCACAGAGAUGCCAUCCUCCUCAGGUCUUCCUGGUCAAGGAAAGAAGAUUGGCCACAGAGGGGUGGAUGCAUCCGGAGAAACGACUUACAAGAAGACAACAUCCUCGGCCCUGAAGGGAGCCAUUCAGCUGGGCAUCGGCUACACGGUGGGCAACCUGAGCUCCAAGCCUGAGAGAGAUGUGUUAAUGCAGGAUUUCUACGUGGUGGAGAGCAUCUUUUUCCCCAGCGAAGGGAGCAACCUCACUCCAGCCCAUCACUUCCCAGACUUCCGCUUUAAAACGUAUGCUCCUGUGGCCUUCCGCUACUUCAGAGAGCUGUUUGGCAUCAGGCCAGAUGACUACCUGUACUCCCUGUGUAACGAGCCGCUCAUCGAACUGUCCAACCCUGGCGCGAGCGGUUCUGUCUUCUAUCUCACAAAGGAUGACGAGUUCAUCAUCAAGACGGUUAUGCACAAGGAGGCGGAGUUCUUACAGAAGCUGCUGCCGGGUUACUACAUGAACUUGAAUCAGAACCCUCGCACUUUGCUGCCCAAGUUUUUUGGCCUCUACUGCGUCCAGUCUGGGGGCAAGAACAUCCGUGUGGUGGUGAUGAACAAUGUCCUGCCCCGCGUCGUCCGCAUGCACCUCAAAUACGACCUAAAAGGUUCCACCUACAAGAGGCGAGCGUCCAAGAAGGAAAGAGAGAAGGCCAGGCCCACAUUUAAAGACCUUGACUUCAUGCAGGACUUGCAGGAUGGACUGAUGCUCGACCAGGACACGUACAAUGCACUGGUCAAGACCCUGCAGAGAGACUGCCUGGUGCUGGAAAGCUUCAAGAUCAUGGACUACAGCCUCUUGCUGGGAGUUCACAACAUGGACCAAGCAGAGAGGGAGAGACAGAUGGAAGGCUCCCAAGGCGGCAGCGACGAGAAAAGGCCCCUGGCCCAGCAGAAGGCCUUGUACUCUACCGCCAUGGAGUCCAUCCAGGGAGGGGCUGCCUGCGGAGGGACCAUUGACACUGAAGACACGAUGGGUGGGAUUCCUGCUGUCAAUGGAAAGGGAGAAAGGCUUCUUCUUUACAUUGGCAUCAUUGACAUCUUACAGUCCUACAGAUUAAUCAAGAAACUGGAGCAUACAUGGAAGGCUUUGGUGCAUGAUGGAGACACGGUCUCAGUCCACCGACCUGGCUUCUACGCUGACAGGUUCUUUAAGUUCAUGAGCAGCACCGUUUUCAGGAAGAGCUCUUCUUUGAAAUCAUCUCCAUCAAAGAAGGGUCGGGUCUCACUGACGGUUCCAAAGUGUGGCGGCCCUGGUGCAGCUUGGUCCGCCAGCCAGCUUACAUCCGAGAGAGACGAGAACAUCUACGACCUGAGAGGCGCUCGCAGCUUCCCAACCCUGGAAGAUGAAGGUAAAUUAGGGCGACCAGAUCUUCCAUGCACACCUCCAUCGUUCGAAGAGGCCACCACGGCGUCCAUCGCCACCACCCUCUCGUCCACCACCUCUCUGUCCAUCCCUGAAAGAUCUCCCUGUGACACAGUCGAGCACCCACGCUACAGGAGACACACCCAGUCUCUCAGCCAUGAUGGAAGGACCCAGGAGGAGCUGCGUGUGCGUGAAGAGGACCAGCAGACCAUCACAGUGGAGGUGGAAUUAAAGAGACGCGACAGUGAGCCCACCAUUUCCAUUCUGCAGGCUUCAUCUGACCCCAGUGAGGCUCAAGAGGAUGAGGCUGCUGCAGUCUCUUCUCCAGUCCUUGAGGCCUCGCCCGCUGCUGUCGCUCAUCCAUCCGAGGCAGCCGGGGACGCUUCAUCCAGUCCCAAACUGGAGGCGGCAGCAGCGGCAGCAGCAGUUGUGGUAGUGGAACCAGACAGGUCCAGCCAUAUGUCAGGCUCAGGGUGCACCAGUCAGGCUUCGGUGGAUGAUGAUGACGAUGUGCCAGUCACCGACAUCUACUUUCCUCCAGAGGACAGGACCUGGGUGUACUCUCCGCUACACUAUGGCUCAGAGUCUAAGGCCCUGCCAGAUGGGAAUUGUGAAAGAGAGACAUAAACCCUGCUCUGUGACUGAAGGGCGUGACGGUCUCAGCAGUGAGGAUCAUUCACCUGAAGUCCAAACCUCCUCAUGGUAGCAGCGGAUUUCUUGUUGUCUCAAGAGGGAUUUUAAAAACGAACCAAGGGGAGAAGUGACUGGAAGGUCCCAGAAAAGGGAAGGGGAGGUGUGAGGAAAACUUCAGUCCCUGCCAUUUUACAUAUGAUACUUGUGUUUACGUGUGACAUAGUACAAGUAAAGUUGUAUGUUAUAUGUUUGGUGUGACACACCACACUAACUUAUGUCGUCUUGCACAUGAACUCAACAUCUAACAAGCCUAUCUUGUUUGUCUCAUGUGCAUUCAUGUGGCAGCCAUAUAGGAGUAGUGUGGAUUUCCAUAGUAACCUAAACAAGACACUUUAUUGCAAUUUUAUUUAGUCACUGUGUUGUCAUGAUAUUAACUCACAUCAAGUCCCCUCAUUUGGGGCAGGUACCUCUCCAAUGUGGCAGCCUCAUACAUGCAUACAUUGGUAAGGAAAAUGGGGCAUUUAGGGACACUCCGCCAUUCCGCCACCCCAUGCAAAGGUCAUGUGGUCGGCCAGUCAAGUUACCUAAUAUUUACAAAACAUGAUGUUUAGGACAGACAUUAUAAAACGCAUGUUGCUUUUAUUUAAGCUUUAUAUCAAAAUGUUUUUUUCAGUAGUACUGUCAACGGAUGUUUAUUUCUUUAAAUUUUUUAUUUUUAUCUUUUUUUGUGUCUGUUUGAUCCAAAGAACCUUGAUUAUAUAACUGCAUCUGCGGGGGAAGAUUAUUCCAGAUCAGACGUUUCACUUUUGAAAUUUCCUCCAAUAGUGGCCUCCACUACAAAAGAUGUUGUGUCUUGGUAAAUUAUGGGGUUGUGAGGAAUAAGCAAAUGGUGGUAGCUGCAACUACCUUGGUUGAUAGACAUUAAAUUGAAGGCUGCUCCUCGCCAAAACAACCUCACCAACCGAGUAAUGUUCAUGGUAUUUCGGAUAAGUGUUACUGCACCCUGUAGUUUCUUGCGCAGUAUUGAAGAUGAGCCCAUCUUUUCCCAUGAUUAGUGUUCCAGUAGAUUGAAAGGUGCUCACUUCACAAUUCUGUGUGCAUCCAUAUUUAUUAGUCUGGUUUGGAAAUAUUGUUUAGUAGUCACAAAAUGAAGACAGUUUUGGCCACUGGUCUCAUUGCCACUGUUUUCAAAAAUAUACUAAUAUUAGUUAAUUGUAUUACAAAUAUACAUUUGUCCAAAUAAAAUUUUGCCUCCCCCUCAACAAAGGCCUUACCCCUGAUAGAGUCCUAGUAAUUGGGAACAAAAGUGAACAAACUUUAACCUUGUAAAAGCGAAUAAACAAUUUUAUUUAUUUAGUUUAAAAGUGUUUAAUGCGUUUGACUGGGAGGGGGAAAUGCCCCUGCCCCAAACCCAACGGCUUACUCGUAAUAGAUGCCUAGUCCUCCCUGUAGUUGAGUGAAUAAACCAACUAUAUGAGAAAACACGUAAAUGAACAUCCCAUGAUAGUCUUCCAGCCUGGCCCGUUGUUUUGGUCAAUUACACUGGCAUUACCAUGUACUUUUACAUAUACAGUACAGUAGUACUGCAAUGUUUUUUUUUACUAUGUUGUCGCCCUAACUUCCACCAGGUAAAUGUUUCCUAAUCUCUCUCUUUGUAGACAUAGCACAUCAGUGGUAGUAUUUGCAGUUCAAAAUCGUAUAUACAUAUAUACCUGUUACUUCUAUAGUAUAUAAAUGAACAGGGAUGAGACACAGUAGUUUUGAAAAGCGAUUGAAUGUUGUUCUACUAACUGUUAUAAAGAAGACCUGAAAAUGGUGGCCAAAAUAAACAUGCAUCACAUGACACAUUUGUGAGAUAAAUAGUUAGACAACAUUGUUUUUGUUUUUUUUGUUUUUUUUUAAUAUCCAAAUCUCUUUGCAUAUUCUAAAAAUCUUCAUGUAAGACUUUUCGUUUUUUACAGUGGGACCUCCCAAGUCAAACAAAAGUAGUGGCUUUCUACCAAAAUUGUAUGUGAUGACAAAGGUAGAACCAGAAAUGGGACCAGAAAUGACUACUAGUUGUUGAUAUAUUUUUUUGUUGAAAGAUAUUUUCCAAAAAAAGAGUCUUGAAAGAGAGAGGAGGCUUAUGUCUUACUGGACAAGGUCGUCUCUAUUUGGGUCCAGCUAGCACAAGCUAAUGAAAAUGACUAGUAGUUGUAAACAAAAUGGCUAUGCCAAGAAACAUUGACUUUUACUGGUUGUUGUUCUAUCAUACAACACUUAUUUCACUUGCAUAACCGUGAGGAAUGUUCAAAUGUUGCUUAAAACAUGGUCCCCACAGUUGGUAAAGGUUUUAGAAUGGCCUCAGCUUGACCUUGAAACAUUAAUGUUUCCAUUGCUUAGAAAUGAGACCGACUGGUUGUGUGACUUUGGAGGUUCCAGUGUAUUUUAAUCUAGUCUCGGAAAUGAUCACUCAGUGUAUGUUUCUGUGUGUUUUAUCUGUAACAGAAGCCACUUUGUUGCUCAUGAUGUGUAAUCAGUGCUGUCAUCAGAUGGUGACCAUAGCAGCAAUAUUUCCUUAUUUCAUUUGAAUUGCCUUAUUAUGGAAGAAAUGUAAAUGUAAUACCAUUGUUUAUUUAUAUAUUCUUUUUUUUUCCACAUGUGCAGUCGUAUUUAUUUUUCUUUCUCAUAGUUGUGCUCCUGAGAAUGUGUACAUAGAAAUUCUAAAUACAUAUAUAAAGAUAUACAAAUAUAUUUUCCAUCAGAAUUUGAGAAUAUUAUUUUUGUUUGGUUUUAUUUUUGCUGCUCGACAAAGAGAUAGUUUACUGAGUCAUAUUCCUCAGUGUGUUUACUGAGAAGCAGCAGAUGUGUAUUUAUGGUGUGUGACCACAUCACAGCUGUUUCUUUGUAAAACAAGCCAAAACGAUUUGUGGGUUUUACUGUACAUGCAAAUCAGUAGGGAUUCUUCCAAAGUGUUCAAGCUGUGUUGUGUGUGUUUUGUGUGUGUGUUUUCCAGUCGCCGUGUGUUCCUCCCUUCUUCCAAUCGGAAGAGUCCUUCACAGAGACAUAGCAUGGUUUCAAAAUGAAUAAUGCAGAUCAGAAUUGUGUAUUUAUGUAUAUCUGUGUAUAUUCAUCUAUUUAUACCAGAGGAUAAAUAGAUGGCUGUAAGUGUGUGUGUGUGUGUGUGUGUGCGCGCGUGCUUGCACGCACGUGUGUGUGUCGGGACUCAAUCAGAAUGAAUAGAAAAUAAAGCAGUUCUAUGAAUUGUC